AUGCAGAACCUGUCACUAAUAGGCAGUCUUACUGAUACAGACACAUCUCGCUGCAUGUCUCUGAAAGACCUAGCAGUUGAAGUAGGUGAUAUGUCUCUUGAUGAAAGUUACUGUAACUUGAAUGAAACAACAAAUAAUGAAGAAAUCCUUAAUCUUGAAGUAAUGCAGCAAAGCCUCCCUGUACUGAAUAGCAAAGAGGGAAGUUGUGAGGGGUUUUUCGAGAGCACUUCCAGCUCCUCAGAACCCAGCAGCUCCUGGGGUGAUUUUGAAGGCUUCAGGGAGUCCUUAGACAAAUCAGAGAGAUUUGAUCAUCAUCUUGAAGUUUUGGUGAAGCCAAAAAGAACUUCUAGAGGUGGCCUGGGCUUAAGCAGCGGACACGGCAGUGCUUUGGCUGGUCAGUUUUGUCCUGGCCCAUCUCUGCACAGUGGGAUGCAGCAGGAUUGUCGCUCUCUAAAUGAGGCAAACUACAGCUAUGAGGAGAUAUUUAAGUUGAGCUUUCCAGAAAUCUUUGUAUCACCAUCCAGAGAGAGCAUAAGAAGCUUAGAACAAGUACUUGAUACAAAUAAUGAAGAUGUUGGGAUUCCUGAACUUAUGAAGAAUCAACUUUG